UCUCUGUCUGCCUAGCUAACUGUUCCGGCAGAGCGGAAGAUGAGCUCGCUGUGGGGAGAGAUACUGUCUACCUCGUCGCUAGCAGCAUCGAUGCAGGACCUCUACGAGGCGGUCUCUCAGAACAGAAUUGCCGCCCUGCAGCUGGACACGGCCGAGGGCACCGUGACGCACUCGGUCCAGAUUCCGGUCCCGUUCCACGUGUCCGAUCUGCCCCCCGAGGGCCAUGACAGUCAGAGGGGCCUCUGGCUCACGACUGCAAACUCACUGAUGGCCGAGGAGGCGGCUGAGACGCCGGGCUUCCUGGACAAGAACUUUGCCCUGCUGCUCAUGAUGGACGAGAAGAGGGUGAUAGCGGAGUUGCAGACGGACCCGGACGAGACCACGCUCGCGAUGAUCGAGUUUGUGCGCCACUGCAAGCCAACGCUAUCCUUCUACCAGGUCUGCCAACAAUCCAGCAACAUUCUCACGCCCAACCAGGUGCGCAAGUUCGCCCAGCACUUUAUUUUCUGGCGGCGUGCCAUCGCCAUCCCACCGCUACAUGCUCGCGAUAUGUACAUCGUCAGCCCUAACUGCGACUUGCGCAAGCUGCCACAAGCAGCCGCCCAAUGGGCUCGCCAGUUCCCUCUCUCCCCGAGCCUCCCGAAUUUCCUCGCUGAACUUAGCGUCGCGCCACGGCCUUAUAAGCUACACUGCCCCAGCAAAGCCCACCGCCCGGUGUAUAUGGCCAUGCUGGCCUGGUUGAUGCGCGGGGGCUGGGUUACCCAGUUGUGCACCUUUGCUUACGUCGUCGUCUGGCCCGAGAUCAUCUACGAGGUCGAGUACGCCUUGGAAGCCGAAGAGAUUGCUCGCGCGAAGCGCGCGCAGGCCAUGGGCCGCGAACCAGGCAGCCUUGAGAGCGACGAUACCACCACAACAACAACGACGGCCGCCACCAUGUCCGCAGUCCCCUCCCCGGGCGCGACAGCCCCCGACGACCAAGCCAUGGCCGGAUCCGCCUCGGGCUUUCUCCCCCUCCUGUCCGACCUCACAGAUCCUACCCGUUCCACCACGGCCAGCCUGUCUCACUCCCAAUCCUCCCUCAUCCCCACCGCGUCAACGCCCGUCUCUCCGGCCUACACGCGAACCAACGCGGUCACCAGUAGCCACUCACCAUCCCCGCCACCACCAACACCACCACCACCUCCUCCCCCCCACGAUGACAAUGACAACGACUACCGUCACGACCGCGACCACCAACACGACGACAACGGCAACAACGAACCAACCCCAGCAGAGCAAGCCGCCGAGAAAGCCCGCCUCGCCCGCCUUGCCGACCGCACCGCGCGCCAGCUAGCCGAGCGCGCCACCGCCCACGCGCGAAAAGCGGUCCCGCAGGCCACAGAGCACCCCAGCGUCAACCACGCUCCCCACCUUGAGGGCAUAACUCCCCAUAUCAUUCUCGACGCCAAGAAAGCGACGGGCAAGGAGAGUCUGUAUCUCAGCGCGAUCGAGCGCCGGUUCCGGGACAAGGCCCGGAAGAACCGGGGGGUGGGGAAGAGCGAUGGCGCGUUCGGGGACGCCGGGCUUCGCCAAGGCGGGAGCGAUAGGAGCCAUGAUGAUAGGAAUUGGGAAAGGGAUCCCGCGCUGAAGGGAAAAGAGGAUAAGGGAGGAAGGGACGCAGCGGCGACGACGGCACCUGGCGCCAGGGGAACGAACCGGUUUGGAAUGCCUCCUAGUAGCGCCGCCGCCACUACUAGCAGCAGCAUUCGGGACACGGGAGACUGGGACGAGCGGGUGGCUAACGCGUGGCCUGUGAUGUGCAAGUACUUCAACGGGCGGUCAGCGCUGGAGCGGAUCGCACUGCAGGAGGACAUGAAGCGGAAAGAUGUGUGGAACCUGUUGACGGCUAUGAGCGAGUACCUGCUGUGCGUCCGCCACUGGUGAGCAGAGAAUGUGAAUAACCCAGCAAACAAGUCAGCCCAAGCAGCAGACCAUGGAUAUAAUGGAAGGGGCCAAUGAUAUGCAAGUUAAAAAUGGCCAAACAGAUCAGUGGCUCUCC